AUGCUGCUCCAGCGUGGAAGUGGAAGUGACACCACCCUGAACGGCACCGCAGUUCAAGAAGGUCAAGAAACGGCUGAGGAUGAGGAGGAGGACGACCAGCCUCUGAGCCUGUCCUGGCCCGACUCCUGCCACAAGCGCAUCACGUACCUCCUCAUCAUUCCCAUCGUCCUCCCACUGUGGUUAACGCUGCCCGACGUCAGGAAGCCGACUGCCAAAAGGUUCUUUCCCAUCUCCUUCAUCGGUGCCAUCUGCUGGAUUGCAGCAUUCUCCUACUUAAUGGUGUGGUGGGCUCACCAGGUUGGAGAGACCAUCGGGAUUACGGAGGAGAUUAUGGGCCUGACUAUAUUAGCAGCUGGAACGUCCAUCCCUGACCUCAUUACCAGUGUCAUCGUGGCACGCAAGGGGCUGGGGGAUAUGGCUGUCUCCAGCUCCGUCGGCUCCAACAUCUUCGACAUUACAGUAGGACUGCCGUUCCCCUGGCUCUUGUGGUCCUUUAUCAACAACAUGUCUCCGGUGAAAGUCAGCUCCAACGGCCUCUUCUGCGCCAUUGUGCUCCUCUUCAUCAUGCUCCUCUUCGUCCUCAUCUCCAUCGCCGCUGUAAGUGGCGCAUGA